ACUCUUUAAAAAAUAGAAAGAGACUGCCUGUAAAUCCAUCCAUAGCACCACCACCAACAGAAACACCUGCGAGAAUGUACGGAAAAGCCGCAAUCUCUCUGAUUUUCGUUGUCCUCCUCCUUAUCUCAUACUCUAUCUUAAUGGGGACCGUCGAUUUCAGAUCAUACUUCUUCCCUCUGAUACAAUCACCCGCGGGUGCGCGCUCCCUCUGUGCAACCACCAACCCGCCUCUCCGGGUCUACAUGUACGAUCUCCCGCGCCGGUACAACGUGGGCAUGCUGAACCGCCGGAACCCGGACCAAACCCCAGUGACGGGCGGUACCUGGCCUCCGUGGCCCAGGAACUCGGGCCUGAGGAGGCAGCACAGCGUGGAGUACUGGAUGAUGGGAUCGCUUCUAUACGAAGCUGACGGUGGCGCCGAGGAGAGAGAGGCCGUUAGGGUUUCUGAUCCGGAAAUGGCCGACGCGUUCUUCGUGCCGUUUUUCUCUUCGCUUAGCUUCAACACCUACGGGCACACCAUGACGGAUCCGGAGACCCAGAUUGAUCGCCAAUUGCAGAUUGAUUUACUGAAAUUCUUGCGGCAAUCCAAGUACUGGCAACGGUCUGGAGGCAGAGACCAUGUGAUUCCUAUGACACACCCCAAUGCAUUCAGAUUUCUACGAGAACAGGUGAAUGCAUCUAUUCAGAUUGUUGUAGAUUUCGGCCGCCACCCUAGAAUCAUGUCAAAUCUGAGCAAAGAUGUGGUUUCCCCGUACGUGCAUGUUGUGGAUUCAUUUGCAGAUGAUGACACUCCAGACCCAUAUGGAUCUCGCACCAUACUUCUUUUCUUUCGGGGGAGGACAUUCAGGAAAGAUGAAGGCAUUGUUCGUGUUAAAUUGGCAAAGAUAUUAGCUGGUUAUGAUGAUGUUCACUAUGAGCGGAGUGUUGCCACAGGUGAAAAUAUAAAAGUGUCUUCACAAGGAAUGCGUUCAUCAAAGUUCUGCUUGCAUCCUGCGGGGGACACGCCUUCAUCUUGUCGCCUGUUUGAUGCCAUCGUGAGCCACUGUGUCCCUGUCAUUGUAAGUGAUCAAAUUGAGCUCCCAUUCGAGGAUGAAAUUGACUACACCCAAUUCUCCAUAUUCUUCUCUUUCAAAGAGGCACUGGAACCUGGUUACAUGGUUAAUCAGCUCCGGAAAUUUCCAAAAGAGAGAUGGAUUGAUAUGUGGAAGCGGCUUAAGAAUGUCUCCCAUCAUUACGAAUUUCAGUACCCCCCAAGAAAGGAAGAUGCUGUCAAUAUGCUAUGGAGGCAGGUUAAACAUAAGCUUCCUGAGGUCAAACUUGCUGUACAUAGAAGCCGGAGGUUGAAAGUCCCAGACUGGUGGCGAAGGAGAAGAUGAUCUCGGGAGCCUGCUUUUGACUUUGUAUAUUCAUUAUAAUUUCUUAACAUAGGGGAAGCCCUUAAAGGAACAAAGCUAGAUACGGGAUGACGCCCUUCUCACUCUUCUGAGUCAUUGAAUGGGAUUCUUUGUUCUUUGAGGAGGAAAAAGAAUCUUUUUUUCUUUUUUUUUUGUUCGAAAAAAUAUAACAUUGGAUUCAUGCCAAUUAUGCAGCAUACCAUGGCAUACUUAUUUUUCAUCCUCUACACAGGAUAUGCUCCAUAAAUGGAAAUCUUAAUUUUCUUAAUAAGUGCGUUGGCUUUC